CAGGGUCAGUGGGUGUACUUUGCUCUGUCUAAAAACGACAAAAUCGGCGAUAUUUUCCGUUUUCCAGCUGGAAACUGCUGAUUUUCCGUUAAACUAAGUCUUUCUUUGCGGUUUUGUGAUAUUUUACCGAGCUCUCAAUGGAUUCUAAAACGCGAUUUCGAAAUCGGGAAAUUUCUGACGUCUAUGUGUCAAGUGCAUUAAAUCGCAAUAAUAAGUGAUUAUUAGGCAUGUGUCCGCGAAUUCUUCAGUGUUUGGGAAAACUUCUGAUAUUUAUGAACUUUAGUGGACAUUGGCUACUUCAUAAGGCACAGCUGAGGUCAAGAAUGAGGAGAUGGGGGUUUCACUUGACGCAGAAGAGAGCGAGUCAUCAGGCUUGAAGGAGGAAAUGGACAAUCGGAAGUGAUCGGUUGCAGGGCCGGAAGCGGAAGUGACAACAUGUCCCGGGACGACCUGCAGCACAUCCGCGACCGGCUGCUGCAGCUGUCCGACAGUCCAUCAAGUCAACGGAUGCCCUUCAAUGUGAAGCGAAAAGUCGCGCUGUCCAGACAGCCGUCCAAAGCGCCCCCAUCCAAACUGAGCAUGCAAGAUUUCGUGCGAAUGGAUCCCGGAUACACUCCGGACAUCGAGCACUUGGUUUUCCCAAACUCCCGAAGACGGAGCCCUCAGCAGGUGGCACCGGCCGUUUCUGAGCAAACAACCACCGGUAAAACACGCUCUCGCCUAGCGGAAAUGUUCGCUCUGAGUCGCCAUCUUCAACGAUCGUCCGCAGAACGGCAGGACAGCAAGAAAGGGCAUGUCAAUAGAAGCGUCGACAGCGCUUUAGAGUCUUCCAGCAAGUUUUCCGCCCAAACUCGGCGAUCUUCCGUUAUAAAUGAGGCGAGUAAGAAGUGGGUGUAUAGUGUGGAUGCGGCCUUUCGUCAGCAAAGUUCUAAAGCACCGAAAGCCAAUGAAAGCCAACCUUCUGAUAAUCGGGGUCCAAACGUUUCGAUACUACAUGUGCGCAACUCCUCAGACCCUCGAGGACCAAACGCGCCCUAUUCUGCUGCAGCCCGAUCGUACUUUGCUUCGUCACGCAGCACCACCGCCACAUCUAGUAACCAAUCGUCGGGACCGUCGCUGACUAAGCACCAGUCGCUAGGGAGCAGCACCAGCAGCAGUAAUGCUCAGAAAUGGACGAAUUCAUCGAGCUUCCAUAGCGGAUCCGAGAUGAAUUCGCCAGGAAUUUUCACUUUCAGCGGCAGCUGCAACAGGGAAUUGUCCCCAGUUAGAUGGUGCGACCGCGAAGUGGACGGCGUCUACUUGGGAAAGUCUGGUUGGGUCCAAGUCCAGCAACGAUCGCUGGAAGAUAGUCGCAAAGCCAGCUACUCGAUCAACGUGGCCAAGUCCCUGCAAUCACGUCGAACUGGCCUGAAGCUGGCCAACUAUCAUUUCUACAGCGAACCGAACAAGUUCAGCGACUAUUCGCGAACGAACAGCGUCGAGUCGCAGGGCGACAACCGGCCCGAACCCAAAGUAGAACCAGCGAGAAGAGAACUGCAUUCGGAACCACGUCCUGUGCCCCAAAGACCUGCCGCUUUGCAGUUGCAAACCCGCAAGUUCACUUCGCCACCACCUGAGCCUGGUUCACCUCCAUCGAUCACCCCGAUCAUUUCGCCGCCUCUGGCUUUCCAGGACAAGAAUCGAAGUCCCUCCAAGUCCAGAACGUUCUUCGGCAAAGCCCCAUUUCUGCCGCGUUCAAACGCAAUUGAGGACAGCGACAACAGUCCUCCAACCUCGCCCCUGGGAGGCGGCCAUUGGGUAACCACGGCGCCCAAUGCGCCCGUUCUGACCAAACCGGUGAUCAAAACGUCGCCAGGCGUUCAAAAGCCGCCCAGAACGUUUAAGAAGGUGCCCCAAACUAAGUCUCUGGAGGACACGACUGCGUCCAGACGCAUGCAGUUUAAGCACCAAUACGGAUCGUCUUCCAGCUCGUCCAGCUCGAUGGGCUUCAGAAGUCUGGACAGUUGCUUGAACCGCACCAGCAGCGUUAUGCCAAAGCUUGUGGAGAAUGCUGAUUCUUCGGUCGAUGUUUGCGGGGAUGCGGAUGAGGAGGACAAUAACAGUUCUUCGGCUAAUAUGAACAUGAUCAAUCCGAAUCUGCUGCAGGCGGAGUUCAAUCGGAAGCUGUCGCCUUCUGGUCGGUCGAACAGGCUCACUCACUAUCGAAAUCAACCACGACGAUCCCCGUCCGGAUCGGAAGCCAGAACUUCCCCAGCUUCAUCCUCCUCCAGUAGUAAUGAGUUUCUUUCCCGGUCGCCGCCCACUCCUCAACACGCUACGGUGAUCAGGCGUAAUCUUCCCAACCGCCCCUUCCAGUCCUCCAAGCCAGUGCAGGCGCAAGCGCAAAACGACUCCCUAUCGAGAGUGAGGCGCUCCCGAAGCUUACAGUUGCCUGAGCGGCAGCCCCCCACUUUUGAGCGGGCUCAGAAGCUCUCCCCGCAGUAUUCUGAGCAGCACAAAGUGGUGCUCAAGGUGGCGCCAGCCGAGAGGCCCCAAUAUCCUCUUCCCUCGGAGCGGGCUCAAUAUGGCACCGUGUCUCCUGCAGCGGAGCUGCGCGAGCAGGAACUGUUGAGGGAGGCUGAAGUGGUUACGGGCUUCCUCUAUGGGAACCGAUCGCGAGCGGCCGCUCAAGCUCUGCUCAUGCACAGAUACAACAACAACAACAUCUCGCUGGAGGAGAAGAACAAGGAGGCGAAUAAGCCAGCACUGAAGGACGAGCUGACUGUUUACUAUGUGGGCAACAGCAGGAACGAGAGGCAAAGAGUGCUGCUUCGUGGGGCGACGAGUCCGAGCUUGCCGUCGAGCAAGAGCAGUUUCGAGCACACCUUGAAGAGUUUUGAGGGAAAGGCUGCUUGCAGUCCGGAGAUUUGCGACUUUUGGCCUCACUGCGUCCACAGGGACAGUACGGGCCGUGAGUCUCAUUUUGUGAUGAGGUCCUCGCAGAGUUAUCCCUCUUCGCAUCAGAGGUCGUCUGAGUCGCUCGCCACUACUGACUCAAGCAGAUCGACGGGAACGGUGAUUGAGAAAAAAUCGCAGGACCAGUUCAAGAGGCGCAACGACAUGGAGGGCAGGAAUCGGAAGCCGCAGGAAUUACGAAGGAUCAGCCCGAGCCGACCGCCAGCUACAGGCAGCAGCAUGAGACGGAACGGAUCGACGGAAAUGCCGGCACUCGAUCGGAAAAACUCGCCUCGGACCAGCAACGUGAGCGGUUCCUCUUCAGGGAGCGACGUCUGGUUGAGCGCCUCAAGAGCGUCGUCCCGCAAAGGAUCGCGAGCCUCCACUCCAGUCGAUUCUCAUCCAGAAAUUCCACGGAAUGUAAUGGCGCGUCCAGGAAGCGCUCCCAUGCAGGAUUUGCCUUCCGGUCAGCUGGUGGCUCAACAGCGAUCCAUGUCUUUGCCCAAAUCCUUCCUCACCAGCUCCGGUGCCACUGUUUGCACCAACGGACUUUGUCUGCAAAGUGGAGCGAACGCUUGGAGGCGACCAGGAACGGAAAGUCUGAGCUCUUCGCCUGGAAUCAUCCGGAAAAUUCCGACUCCUGAGGUGGCCCACACUGCUCCAGUGACGCCUCUUCACGAGGGACGUCGCGGACGGUUUCCUUUGGAUCCUGCCAGGAAAACCAGGGCGAUCUCAACUCCUCAUCUAGCCGAACUGCAACGAGACUCCAGGAAUUGGAACCAACGAGAAAGCGACCACAGUGACGAUUCGCUAGAGCGUUCAUUGUCGGAAAAUGCUCCCUUAGAUGCGAAUUAUCGCGCUCCCACGAAUGAGAGUGUUUUGCAAAAGUUUCGCAAAACCAUUUCGCUGCACUUUUCGCAGCGCAAAGCCUCAAAGGAAGUGUGCGCCUCAGACGAUACGGCCUCAGAAACGGUUCCUUCUGAGGAGGAAUCGUCGCUUCAGCAUACCGGAUCGGCCACAUCGUCAGGCGAACCACCAUUCAAUGCUGAAUCCGAAGGGAAUCGCAACCAGAAACAUCGAUUUGGGGCUCUGGUUUGGCGAUCGCACAAAGAGCGAAAAAAGGUGAACAAAGCGGCGCGCAACGCAAAAUGCAACAGCGGAGACAGCGGCAUUCAAAUCGAGAUGCCUGGCGCUUGUGGGGGUGAAAGCAGCGAAUCGCACGACACUGAUGGGCCCUCCUACGAAAGCCCCCCUAUUCUUCGACGUAGGGCCGACCGGCUCCCCACUAGGCCCCAUUCCGAUUUUUUCGGACAGACUUCCAUUGGUAAAUGCAAGGUUGACCCAAAACAGCAACAACUCAACCAGCGCCAAGUCAGGCAGGUGAGGAGGACGCGCAGCGAUCUGGGCGGGCAGCGACUUUUGGGGUGGGAGCAGCGGCAGGCGGCCCGUCGCCUUCUGCGCAAUAUGACCUCAAAGCGCACCUUAAGCCCACGGAAGCGCCCACCUGACGAAAACGACGACGAUGACGGCCUGGUGGUGCUGCGCAGACAUGUGCCCGGCACGCCGCCGCGCAGACCCGCCCUUAGACGCUCCCUUAGUCAGCCUAUCGAUAUCGAUAAAAUAUCUCCUCUAGUGCUCAUUAAGGCAGCGAAUCCAUCGGGAGGCGCCACUGCCACUUUGAGUGAAGAUGAGCACGAUGCCCGACUAGCUCCAAACAGCUCCGACGAAGACACUCUAUCCGAUUCGGAUGUUUCGUCCAUAGCGUCUCUGAGCGCUCACAAAAAGUCUCUGGAACUGCCAGAACCGGACGAAGACGUGGUUGUGUUGGCUGAGGCCGUUUUCGAUCAUGUAGCCAUCGAAGCUGACGAGCUGCCUUUUAGGGCAGGAGAUGUGAUAGAAGUGGAGGACACAACCGAUCGAGAGUGGUGGUGGGGCUCCAACAACGAAAGAUGGGGAUGGUUCCCGGCUCAGUUUGUGCGGUUGCGCGUCAGCCAGGAGGAUACCGUCGAGGAUUGUUUGGCGGCCAUCGCUUCCGGCCGGCCGGUGUCUGCGCAGAUUCGCAGAAGAACCAGCAUUUCGUUGCUGUCGAACGAUCAAGUGCGAACCAGUGUGGUGCGCGAACUAGUUCAUACCGAACGGGAUUUUGUUAAAGUGUUGAGGGACGUAGCCGAGGGCUAUUUGGCCGAAUGCCAGAAGCGAAAAGACAUGUUUAGCGACGAACAAUUGUCGACGAUUUUCAGCAAUCUGAACGAAAUCCUCCAGUUCCAAGUGGGGUUCUUGCGCGACUUGGAGGCCUGCAUCAAUUGGGAGGCGCCCCAUCGUAGCUGCGUGGGGAGCUGUUUUCUCAAGCACAGUUCCGGUUUUAAGAUGUAUUCGGAUUAUUGUAACAGUCAUCCAAUGGCCACCGCAGCCUUACAAGACCUCUACCAGUACAACAACUACUGCAAGUUCUUCGAGGCCUGUAGACUGAUGCGCGGGCUGAUCGAGAUCCCAUUGGACGGCUAUCUGCUUACUCCUGUCCAAAGAAUCUGUAAAUAUCCCCUGCAAUUGGCCGAAUUGCUGAAAUACACCCGCACUGACCAUGAGGACUACGCCAAUAUAAAAGAGGCUUUGGAGGUGAUGCGAGGCGUGGCCAUGCUGAUCAAUGAGAGGAAGAGGAUGAUGGAGAGCUUGGAGAAACUGGCCGCCUGGCAACAGCGCGUCGAUGGUUGGGAGGGCGAGGAUUUGAUUGGAGUGAGUUCGCAGCUGAUUCGGCAAGGGGAGGUGGCGAAAGUGACCACAGGAGUGUGGACCACCAACAUCACCCUGUUCCUCUUCGAUCACCAGCUGGUGUACUGCAAAAAGGAUAUCCUCAAAAGGAACACCUAUGUGUACAAGGGGCGAAUUCGGCUGGACGCUACUGAAAUCAUUGACGUACCUGAUGGAAAAGAUUCUAGUUUAAAUGUGAACGUGCGACACGCGAUCAAGCUACUGGACGGCGCCAAAGAGAAGAAGUGGUUCGUUUUUUGUUGCCGCUCCCUCAAGGAGAAGCAACGCUGGCUGGAGGCCUUUCAAGAAGAACGUCGCCUAGUGGGCCUCAACUCGGAAAGUUUAAACUUGCCUCCGGCGGCACGCCAGCUGGCCAAACUGGCCGCUUGCAGGCAGAAAAGACCUCCAAGAAAAAUAACCCAUGGCGGCAAGCUGCAGCAGCAACGCGGCUACUUGGGGUCCUCGAUGCUGCAGCUCAACGUCUCCUCCUCCAAUUCGUUGUUAGGCCGGAAAAUGGCCACAUGGUUCAACUUUGGAACGGGGAAAAAGUCCCGGCAUCGAGUCGCUUCUUAAAUUUUGAUACUCCGGUGAGAAAAUGCACUGGUUUUGCCCCCUGGCACUAUACAAGGUGGAUCGCGGGAAACAAUCUCCACCUUGGAUAGUGGACAUCUACUGGGUCCAUUUGCCCUCGAGUAGGUAGUUGAAGGAUAUUAUUUAUAUUUUUGCGUGUAUGUAGAAGUGACAAUAAUCAAUUUUUCUUGACUAUUUGUGGUGGAGGCAUUUGCGAAUAAACGCCACUAAGGAACUGACUAUAUAUGUACAGGGUGUAGCAGAUAUCAAGAAACUGUGAUGGGAGUUUUUGAAUUGUUUCGUUGCUGAUUUCUUCUGUCGCUCCUUUGUUACUGGCAAAAUUCAAAAAAGUUUAACACAUUUUCAAUAGAUAAGUAUUUGUAGAGUAUCACUACACAAAUACGGAGUGUCUCAAAAAAGUUGCCACGACAAACUUGGGUUUUUUCAUUCCAACACCCUGUAUAUUUUGAUACCAUUAGGUGAUCCCUAUUUCAACCAUGUAUCGCACAUUUAGACGAUAUAUUUUUUAAUUUC